GGCUUCCUGUAGCGAGUAUAUCUGGUACAAACAAACGUGAAAAUCUGAAAGAAAAAAAACAAUAACAAUCAGUAAUCGUUGUAAGAGGAGAAAUGUCUGCUUUUAUCCCAAGGGAUGGUGCACUGAUGUGUUCGUUUGGAUGAUCCUUGUGAUAUUAACAUGCCUAUCAGAGCUUAUUGUACAAUUUGUUCGGAUUUCUUCGACCACUCCAGAGAUGUUGCUGCCAUCCAUUGCGGACACACUUUCCACUACACCUGUCUGCUUCAGUGGUUCCAGACAGCCCCCACAAAAACCUGUCCACAGUGUAGGAAACAGGUCAGCACCAGACAUAUUAUCUGUAAACUGUACUUUGACAUUGCUGGAGAUGAAGAGGGGGCAGUCGACGCAGAGAGUCUGCAGAAUGAGCUUGAUCGAGCGAAGGCACUUUUAAGUUCUAAAGAGAGAGACUGGAGGGAGACAGAGAAGGUGGUGGACAGUUUGAAGGAAACUGUCAACAGGCAGAAGAGAGACCUGGAUAAUGUGCGGAAAGAGGUGGAGGAAAAGCUGAUGGUUUGUUCUGCCCUCAGAAAACAGAUGUCAUACUUGGAGACACAACAGAGUGAUGCUCAGGCUGCCAAAGAGGAGGCCAGGAAGCUCAGGAACAAAAUGAAAACCUAUGAGAGGCUGGACGUGUUGUUACACGGCACUAGAGAUGAGGUGGAGGCCAUGAUUAAAGAAACUGGUGUCAGCCCGGCUGCGAUGGAGCACCUCAGCACCUUUUGCAUUUCUCUUAAAAAGGAGUAUGAACAUCUAAAAGGAAGCCUGAAGUCUUCAAAUGACACGUGUGAGAAACUGAGGAGGGAAGUGGUUGCCUCAAACAACAAGUUACAAAAAGCCACAGUGGAGAUGAAUCACACAAAGGAGGAUAUGAAGUCCCUGCAGAACGACCUGACCAGUGCUGACAAAGAGAUUUCUAGUCUGAAGAAAAAAGUGGAGUUUCUCCAGAAGAGUCUCAGCACACCAACACGUACAAAUGAAGCUCUUAGUCGGCUCAUUUUUGAAAGCCCGGCCCCGGUGGAGCUCAAACAGCCACGUCUCCACCAGCCUGCAGAUAGCAAAGACAUUGACCUCAACUUGACCUUUGACAUCGCGACACCAGAUGAUGCAGCCAAAAGAUCGGCGCAGUUCUCGUCCAAGAAGAUGCGUCUCGAUGCUACGGUGCCGUCGGUCUCCAAACACGGUGAAAAAAGCUCUUCAUUAAACAAGGCUCAGAAUGAGGAUGGACUCAUGGAUCCUUUUUUGAGGAACUCUCUUCUAUUCAGAAAGAAGACUUUGGGUAGUAUGUUGGACCCUCAAAGGAUUAAGCCCGGAGUUGUGAGAACUGGUUACGAUGGAUUAGGAGGACGAACAAAAUUCAUCCAACCUUCUCCUUUAUCAGAGAUUCGCCCACUGAUGAAGGUUAAAAGGAAAAAAGUGGUGAAGCCUCCAGUCAAGAGUUCAGCCUGUCCAACUUUAGACAGCUACCUCGAGUGAAGGUUGCCGUCUGUGUCCCAGAUGUUGUGGCCAUGUGUCGCUCCAGCACCCAGAUCCAGUGCUACAACAGUUCUGCUCUGGACUUUCAAGCCCUGUGUGAAUGACUUUGGUUUAAAAUCAUAAGCCAGCGGACCACAGAUGCUUUUGGUCAUGUUGAUGAAUUUGCUGUAUAUUUCUGUGUGAGCGAGAGAGACUUUUUUGUGUGUGUGUGAUUCAGAUAGUAUGUGAACCAAAUUUUGAAUCAUAUAAUGCUGCAUUAUGUCAUUUGGUGGUCAUUCAUAUCUCAGCCUGACAGCUGGUCAUAUAUUCUCAGUGCUCUGGAAAA